AUGGGGUCCUUAUCGCACUACUGCUUUUUGUGGAUCUCGCUAUUUUUGACAAUUGUUGAUGAUCAUUCUCGAGCUGUAUGGUUGUAUCUCCUCUCGGACAAGACCAUGGUGCAACAACAAAUUCGAGAAUUCCUAACUAUGAUUGAGAGACUGUUUGCAAAGAAGGUCAAGACAAUACGGAGUGACAAUGGUAGUGAGUUUCUUUGUCUUACUCGUUUCUUUAGAGAACAUGGUAUUGUGCAUGAGACUUCUUGUGUUCACACACCUCAACAAAAUGGACGUGCGGAACGCAAGCAUCGACAUAUCUUGAAUGUAGCUCGAGCUCUUGGUUUUCAAGCUCAGCUUCCGAUUGAGUAUUGGGGAGAAUGUAUCCUCACGGCUGGAUAUCUUAUCAAUCGGACACCCUCUAUUUUACUCAAAAGCAAGACGCCAUUCGAGAUGCUGUAUGGUCAUGCACCUGGAUAUAAACACAUUCGUGUUUUUGGUUGUCUUGCUUAUGCACACAACCUUGAUAAGGGCGACAAAUUUGCUUCACGGAGUCGUAGAUGUAUAUUUUUAGGUUACCCCUAUGGCAAGAAAGGAUGGAAACUCUAUGACUUGGAAUGA